AUGAAUUCAUUAGAAACGGAAAAAUCUUCUGAUUUGAAUAAACGAGUAAGUGUAAGUCGAUUUGAAUGGAUUCAAUUAAUUUCAACAAUAUGUAUUCCAAUUAUUAUUGCUAUUUAUACAAUUGUUCAAAAUCAAAGUAAUCAAUCAAUAGCAGAAAGUAAUCGAAUCAAAGAUAUUGAAAUUGCUGAUGCUUCUCGAUCUGCAGAAUUUGAAACAGCAAAAGAAAAUCGUUUGAAUGAAAUUAUGAUUGCUGAAAAAAGUCGAGAAAAAGAUCGUGAACUUUCUCUUGAUCAACAACGUCAAACAAUUCUUGUCGAAUAUCAUAAUUUUCUUACAAAAAUUCUUAUGGAAUUUGGUACAACUGGAAAUAAAGCAACAAAUGUUCGACUUGUUAUACGUUUUAUGACAAUAACUGCAUUAAGUCAAUUAGAUGUUAUUCGUAAAAGUCUUAUUCUUCGAUCACUUUCAGAAGCUCGAUUAAUAAAUUUGGAAAGAAAAAGUCAAUUGUUUGAUGAAUCUUUUUUACAACUUAAAAGAGUCGAUUUAACAAAUACAAUUUUUAAUCUAAAUCUUUAUUCUUCAAUAGAAAAAUCAGAUUUAAUGUAUAAUUAUUGGAAUUAUCUUUGGUUACCUGAAAGUAUAUUGACAAAUGCUUCAUUUCGUUCUGUUUUUUUGGAUUGUUCAGUAUUUUCAUUCAGUUAUUUGGAUUUUGCAGAUUUUAGUUUUGCCACUUCAAGAGCACCAAUUUGUUUUGAUAAUGAUCGAGAAACUAAAAUAGAUUUUUCAUCUACAUCGUUAAUUAAUGCCACUUUUUAUCGUGCAAAUUUCAUUGCAGCUGAUUUUUCAAAUGCAAAUUUAACAUUCACAAAUAUGCGUUAUCUCUAUUGUAGAGAUUGUAAAUUCAUUUCAACUUUAUUUAUUCAUGUUGAUUUAAGCUUCUUACAUAUGUUUAGUACAUUUUAUAAGAUUUAUAUGUGUCUUUUUCUUUCAACUACAUUAAACAAUGUUAUUAUUCAUUCAGCCGUACUUGGUUCAAUUAACUUUACUAAUUCCAAUUGGACAAAUGUUUAUGCAUCUUAUACUUUAUUUAGAAAUAAUACAUUGUCUUAUUUAACUAUGAAAAAUUGUUUUCUAUCAAAUAAUAAAUUAUAUGAUACAAUAUUUCGAAAUACAACUUUAUAUGAUAUUGAUAUGUUUAAUAAUACAUUACAAAAUGUUAAUUUUAUUAAUAAUUAUAUGGAAAAUAUCAAUUUUAGUUAUAUUUAUUGUAAAUUUUGUUAUUUCACAAAUUCUCAAUUGAAAAAGAUUAUUUUUAUACAUGCUUCAUUUAUUCAUUCAACUUUUCUUCAUUCUCAUGUAAAUAUCACUCAAUUAAUUGAAGAAGCCAAAGUUUUAAUUAAUGUCACAUUACCUAAUGGAACAAUUAUCAACUAA